AUGUCAUCAACGAUGACCCAGUCCGGUUAUCGUGGGCAGCCUGGAUUUCGGCAACCGGGUAUUCUAGAUACCGAGGUGCUGGCACUAAAUGACUAUGAUGAUCAUAGCUCUACUAUAGAAAGAGCAGGUCUUCGGCAGACGAGUCUAAGUGCUCGUCUGAAUAACCAGCGCCUGAAAAAGCACAAGACGAAAGCACAAAUCGUGCUUAAUAGCAAUGCAUCCAUCUACAGUCUUUCCAAUGGCUCCAAUGGCUCAACACCUUCAUUAUAUGCUCAGCCUCCCGGUGUUCCUUAUGCAAAUUCUGCAUUUAACGGAUCCUCGGGGAGUCUGACGUCUGUGACUCACCGGCCGCUUCAACAGUCACAGAAUAGGCCUCCGUACGUGAAUAAUGGGCAGAUGGCUCCGCCUCAGUUUAGACAGCCUGCUCCAGGUCAAAUUCCGAAUGGAUACAUGUCUCCCAACGGAUAUCCACAGCCACAGCAACAAUUACAACAGGCGCAACAACCACAACAAUAUCAGCAAUUUCAACAGCAGCAGCAAUACCAACAGUUUCAACAACCUCAAGGCAUGCACCAGCCUGCAGAUAUGCAGCAGCGAAGAUUUGUGCAGCCAGCACAGACCCCAAGUGGCAAUGCAUCGGUGUUUCAUGGUCGAUUAUCCCCUUCCAGUGGAAUGCAGAGCCAGCGGAACUCGAAUUACUCCAGCAGGAUGUCAGAAUUCAACUUUUAUAGUCACUCUGGAUCGUCACAGGCAUUCAAGACGACUUCUCCACAAACGAUUGGCACUCAAAGCGUAUCGAAUGAUUCCUUUGUCGGAAAUAUGGAGGAUUCAUCACUCCAAAGGUCCAGCCUAACUUACGGAAAUAGAAUGAGCAGCAACACUAGCGAAGACUUGGAUAGCGUAGCAAAGCCUGGAAAUCUUUCUAACAGGACCAGCAACCAGGAUGCAUCUGCAAUAAUGUCAUCGAAUGGUGCAGCAAGCAGCUCGCCCCAACUUGAUAACCUAAGGUCUGAAAAUGACCAGUUGAAGAAGAAGUUGAAGGAGCUGGAGGACUCUAUGCAGUCCGUAAAUAUUACGAAGAAGUUGGUGGACGAAUCUUCAGAAAAAGUUGAGGCGUACGUCUAUGAUAUUGCGAAGUUGAAAACAGAUUCCGUCCGCAAGGAACAUCUAAAUACACAGUUAAUCACAUUUAUCACACAAAUAAUGCAGAAAAUACCCGGAUACAUCGACCAGAAAGCGACUUUUGAAGAGCUAGUUGGGAAGUUGUCGAUUCCUCAGUCAGCCAAGGAAAGCUACAUAAAAGCACUCAAAAGUUAUGAGGAGGCGGAUACGCAGGACGCAUCGAAAGCUCUAAAAAAAGGAGCCACUCUUUCAAGGAAGGAUAUCUUCGAUAUCUUUCGGGAUGAGGUUAAGCUUUUGAGCUCGAAAGUGCAGCGGUUGGAGGAAGAGAAACAUCAUACCGAGCAAAUCUUGCGGAAGCAGAUUGAAGAUGAGAGAAGGACUAUUCGUAAGUUUUCUCUCAGCAAGAAGUGUCGCCCUGGCGUGAAAGACUCUUCGGUUCAUACUCCGCUUAAUCGUAAGAGAAUAGCUUCAUUUAGAUUGAUUGAUGUUGUUGAGCCUCGACUUGAUAUCAGCAAAGAAGGAGGGGGUGUAUCACAUUAA